CAUUCAUCAUCCCAUCAUAAAACCGGUUAUGCAAUUAAGAUCAAUCUUUGGUAUGUAACCACUCUAAAUUACCCUCAUUUUUCCACUCGCUUCGAUUCUCAGCCUCCACCAUUUUGAGAAUACGAGCAUUACCAUGUGAAUGAGAGCGUGGACGACGAGAUCAAUGAUCCCUAGCUCCCCCAAUCUCUUCUCAGCCGUCAUCUGUGCUCCUCCACCACAACAUACCUAUCUCUCUAUCUCUGCCGGUGAGUACUGAACUGGAUGAAUAGUUCAACCAUGGAAGUCCAGGAGUCACAGGAUCGGAAGCCGAGCUCCGAAUCCACCUACAGCCUAUUCUUGCCGACCAUGGGCCUCCGCAACAGCGCCGUGAACCGUCUGGUCAAGUUCCUCACCACUUCCGACGAGGCCGAAGUCGAGGCUCGCCUCUUCGAGAAUGAUUAUCGGAACGAUCUACUCCGAGGAGAUCAGCGAUAGCAUGGUGGAGGUCCUCAAGGCUAAGAACACUGACGCUUCUGCUACUGGAAACGGCUCCCUGUUGUUGCCGGACGUUGGCAGGCUCAAGCCCAUCGUGGACCUUAUUAUCAAGAACCUCAGCAGUCCCUCCUCUCCCUUGAGACACUUCGGCACCUUCUCCACCGACGAGGCCAAAGCCUUGGCUCCCUUCAUCGAGCAAGAGGCCUUCGUCGCCGCCAGGAUGAAGAUCUGUAAUGGGUGAACAACGAGAAAAGGAAGAGGAGGAGCGGCCAUGGCCGAACAAUGGGUGCCCAGAGCAUUUAUGGGCAGUGAUGAGAUCGGCGCGUAAGGUGGUUUCCGGCGUCACCGGACGACGCGGAGGGCGGACAUGAUUUGUUGGAGACUGGCGAGCAUGGUGGUGGUGGAGGUGAGUUGCGAUGUGUAGCUAGGGACCAGUUGGUAGAGGAGAGAGAAACUCCGAUCUAUUCUCUCUCCUAUCAAGUCUCUGCAAUCUGAAACCCAGGAGCUUAGGGCUUAUGAGGGAGGUCGGAGAUUGCAAGGUCCGGCGAGGUCAAGAUUUGGAGGAAGUUUAGGACAGUGAUUGAUUCGAGAAAGGAAGAACCCAGAAAAACCAGAGGGGUGGUGGUGAAGAAAUGAAUUUUUUUUUUUUUUUUUUUUUUUGCCUUUUUUUGUCAUGAAAUGACCAUUUUAUCCCUAGAAGUAGGUCCAUCAUCCAAUUUAAUCCUAACAAAAAUAUCAAAUGAAGAGAGUCACCAAGUCACAAGUAACAACCUUUUGUUUUGAAGCACAGAGUGAGCCUACUUUAUCCCCAUAAGAAAUGGGUUAGAAGAAGCAACAACAAAAAUCAGUUAAAACACCCGGGAAAGGAACAAUGGUGGUCUUGGGUUCUCUUAGCCAAAUCAAGCCCUCUCCACCAAUAUCAACCACUUUUUCUUCUUCUUCUUCAAAUCCUUCCCAGAAGGCCUUUCUCACAAAACGAAGAGCUCUACUGCUUGGCCCAACUGCUUUGGUCGCUUCCUUGCUCCAUUUCUACAACCCCAUUUCAUCACAACCUUCAGCAAUUGCUCUGCAACAGUUACAAGAUGAGCUCCAGCAGGAAGAAGACCGUGCUGUGAAUCUUUUCCAGGAAACUUCUCCAUCAGUCGUUUACAUUAAAGACAUUGAGAUAGACAAAAGCCUAAAAGGUUCUCCUACUGCAGUCUCGCAAAGUGAGGAUGAUAAUGCUAAAGUUGAAGGAACAGGUUCAGGCUUCAUUUGGGAUAAGUUUGGUCACAUUGUCACAAAUUACCAUGUUGUAGCUAAAUUGGCUACAGAUCAAACUGGAUUACAGCGUUGUAAGGUUUAUAUGGUUGAUGCAAUGGGCAAUGGUUUUAGCAGUGAAGGGAAGAUUGUUGGUUUAGAUGCAUCUCGUGAUCUGGCUGUUCUUAAGGUUGAUAUUGAAGGACAUGAGCUAAAACCUGUUGUUCUCGGUACAUCUAGUGAUUUGCGUGUGGGUCAGACGUGCUUCGCCAUUGGAAAUCCGUAUGGAUAUGAGAACACACUAACAAUCGGGGUAGUCAGUGGAUUAGGCAGGGAGAUACCCUCACCAGACGGAAAUGCCAUUAAAGGAGCUAUUCAAACUGACGCCGCUAUUAAUGCUGGGAAUUCAGGCGGGCCAUUGAUUGAUUCAUAUGGUCAUGUUAUUGGAGUUAAUACAUCAACGUUCACUCGCAAAGGGUCAGGAACAUCAUCUGGUGUUAACUUCGCGAUACCAGUAGACUCUGUUGUGCGAACCGUACCUUACCUUAUUGUAUAUGGAACGCCUUAUAGUAACAGGUUUUGAUCGAUGUAUCAAUUGUAUUGUAUCUAAUGUAUCCCUCAGAUUAGAUGUCAUUUAGGGAAACAAGUUGUAUAAGUUUCAUGGAACGCAAUUCAAAUACUAAAUGUGUCAUCAAAAAAAAAAAAAAAAAUCAAAUACUAAAUGAAUAUUGAUGAUGGA